GCUCUCAUAUCCAAACCCAAACCCAAACCCAAACCCAAAACGAAACCCAAACUGAGAGCCUGAACCAAACGGAUUCUUGUGUAACGGCAUCGCAAAACGGAACUAGUAGGCUCUCAUUGCCCGAAAGAAUUCGUGCGGGUAGCCGGCUAUUCUCAUUUUCCGUUCAGGGCAUUAGAAUCGCAGAAAUCUUUAUCAUUGAGUAGGGUUUAGAUGAUGGAACGUCAGAGAGAAGAACCCCACCAUUACCACCGCCACCAUCGCCCCAAUUACUCGGACCAACAGGAGCAGCUUCUCAACUAUUACCAACAUCAGCACCAGCUCCCGCAUGCACAACAGCACCAGCUCCCGCAUCCACAACAGCACCAGCACGCGCAUCCACAACAGCACCAGCACGCGCAUCCACAUCAGCAUCAAUACUUUAACCCCCAGGAUCCCUUCGCCGGGCAGAGCCAGGACCACCAAUUCAACUACCACAACAACCACGAUAAUCACUCGAGUAAUGGCACUAAUUCACAACCGAGGAGCGUCGAACCGAAUGAGUCGUUUGGUGGUAGUGGUGGAGGUGGAUUAUUCAGUUCUAAUGACCGCAAAAGAGGCCGAUAUCUUUCUGGAAGAGUAAGUUCUCCAGAUCAUAUGGAUGAUGCUGUUAGCGUCAAACUUUAUGUUGCACCGAUUGUAAGAACUGCAACUGAUGAAGAAAUCCGCCCCUUGUUUGAACCGCAUGGUAGUGUUGUUGAGGUAAUUUUCCCCAAGGAUAAGCGGAGUGGCCAACAACAAGGCUAUUGUUUUGUGAAAUAUGCAACAAAAGAGGAAGCUGACAGGGCUAUUAGGGCUUUAAAUGGUCAGUAUAUUGUUCCAGGGGAGGUGGCUCCCAUUAAAGUCAGGUAUGCUGACGGGGAGCGGGAACGCUUUGGUAAGGUUGAAAGGGAUCGUCUUGGUAAGGGAGAAAGAGAACAUCCAGGGGGAGGGGAGUUUGUGGACAAACUCUAUGUUGGUGGCAUCAACAAACAAGCUUCAAAGCAGGAUAUUGAGGAAGUAUUUUCUCCAUAUGGUCAUGUGGAAGAUGUCUACAUUGCACGAGAUGCGCUGAAGCAAAGUCGUGGAUGUGCCUUUAUUAGAUUUUCUCAUAGAGAUAUGGCAGUGGCAGCAAUGAAAGCAUUAAAUGGGACUUUUACAAUGAAAGGUUGCGAUCAGCCUUUGACUGUUCGUUUUGCGGAUCCCAAAAAACGCAGGACUGGAGAAUUUAGGGGAAAUUAUGGAUUUGGUGGACAAAACUUUGGUCCAUGUUCCCAGGAACCAAUGAUGAGGCCAGCACCCAAUUUUGGUGACUCCAUAGGAGUUUGUAAUUUGCCUAAUCCUUCAUAUCCUGUGCAAGAAAUAUCCAUAAAUUCACAAUCACAAGCUUUUCCCCACACAAUACAACCAGCAAUUGGAGCUCCUCAUAUCAUAGAACAACCAAUUCCUCCAGUUAGGCAGCCACCAACACAGUUGUCUCAGAUUCCAUUGCAACAAACACAAGCUUCUCAGAAAUGUUUGCAACCACCUCAAGAAGCUGUCUCUGAGAUGAUGAAAUAUACUCAUAAUUUAGAGCAGCAAGAGACACUACAGAUUCCCCUGGAGUCUCAAUGGACUGAGAGCAAUACUCUGGCUGUGAGUGUUACUUCUGCCGCACCUGCAGUACCUGCAAGUCCCCAGACAGCAGAUCCACAAGAGUGUGAUUGGAGUGAGCAUAGCUGCCCUGAUGGGUACAAGUACUAUUAUAAUUGCACAACUUGUGAAAGUAGAUGGGAGAAGCCUGAUGAGUUCACCUUAUUUCAGCAACAACUGCAAAAACAAAAGCUACCCAUUUCUAGGCAGCAACCUUGUUCUCUAUCUGCUAGUUUUUGUGGUGAAGAACUUGAUCAUACACAAAAGGACUUGGAUCAUCUGCAAAUACAAUCAGAAACUAGGCCAGUUAUUGAUCCUGUCUGCAUUUAACAGAGGCUUCAGUUAGCUGGAAAGUGGUUCUUUGAAGUGGUUCCUGAGGUUUUAUGCAUUCUUCUCACUACCAAUAUUGACUUGUAUUUGCUAACUUAAGAUUUAACUGUUGAGUUGUGUUUGUAUGCAAGCUCUCAGAGAUAUUUGAGGAUGGUAUAUAAGCAUUCUCCAUUAUAUGCUAGAAUUACUGUUCGUCUCUGAUGUUGUACCGUACCUAAUUUUCCAAUAAGCUGCUGAUAUUAAAUCUUCAAAAUAUAUAGCAAUCAGCAGCUAAGUGUAAAAUUUUUCAGCUCUAUCUUCUUUUUCUUCUAUAACAUGUCCACAUGCAAGGAAAAAGAGAAAAGGUAGAAAUUCUAUUUAAUUUAUUUUUAGAUUUGAUGUGUUUUGGCUGUACAUGGUCUCCUCUUGUAGAAUUUAACAUACAAAACAUCUUUUGGGAGAUCCUAUUGGUUAUUAUUGCACUUUUAGUUUAUCCUCCUUGGAUUAUCUGCAGGCACUUACCGGUGAAAUUCGAGCAUUCUGAUGGAGAAACCAUAUAUAUGAAGAUUUAUAUACGUCUUUGGUGGAUUUCUGUGGGUGAAUCUUGCAGGAAAUAUAUCAUGUCUUAGGGUUUUGGGGUCCUCAUGUUGCAAUGUGAAUUAUAUGACGAUUAUUGACAUCUGUUCCUGCCUAAAUUUUUCCUCCAAUUGAAUCUUCUUGUUCCCAGUCGCUCCACAGGAACCCAUGUGAGUCCUUUCCUAUACCACGAAAUAUUCUGAAUGCCUAUUUAAUCAGCAUAACUUAUUUUCCAGCUAACUUCACAUUUAUGAAAUAUACAAAUGAGGAGCUGCACAACCUUAACUUUCACAAUCGCAGUUGCAUGUCAAUGAAGUUUUAGCAAUGGAGUUACCAGGCACCCAAGUAGUAAUUUGCUUUAUUUUCUAAAAUAUGCAAACCAUAGAUCGAUGCUUAAAGAACAAAAAUACUCAGUUAUUGCCUUGUUGGGUUGUGCCUUGGACGCUAUAGUUCCUGUUGUGUUUUGUUGUGAUAGAAUGGGCUUGAUGAUUUUUGUUUUCUUUUCUCGAGUUUCAAUGUUUAGAACUCUUAUUACCAAA